GCUUCCUCAUCCUCCCGUCGUCCACGCAGGAUAUGUGAGACAUCCUCGACCUCACCUGCGAGCAGCCCCACCUCAACGUCGUACCUCCUGCAAAUUUCCUACUCUCUACAAUGUCUUCACCACCACAAGGCUCCGAAAGGCGCUCGCGCACCUUGAGCAGCGAGCCCCAAGAGGCUUUGGAGGGCGAAGACAAUGACCAGCGCUUUGCACGUUUGCUACGCUUUUCUCCAUACCCAAACAUUCCUCUCAAACGCGUCUCUAAACCAGAUGACUAUCCAGAGCGCCCGCCGUCGUCUCAGGCCGUAGCAAGCACAUCCCAGCGCCCUCCAGCGUCAGCGCUGCCUGGGUACACGGAGCUCCUUUCUCAUCUGCAUUUGGGAACGCCCGGGUCUAGCAGUCCCCCCACACCGCAUCGCCCAGAACCGAAGGAGCGGCGCCAUGACCGGACGCGCAAGGAUAGGCUCACGAAGUAUGUAGAUGCCGUUGUGGCGCGGCGGAAGGAACCAUCCGGAGACGAUUUGCAAGCGGCAACGAACUCAAAGCAUACAGUGAGCUUUUGUAUUCUUCGGCCUUCGCCAACUGACGGUGCUGCAGAUUGUCCAUCUCAUGCAUUUCAGUCCGCGAGAUAGAUCUCUUGCAUUAGGAAGGGAACCGGGAUCCACCGCGCCGGAGCAGGCUCACGUCAACCGACCCACCGUUUGGCUCGCCCAGCGGGACCGACGC